AAUAACAACCCUGUUUUAAUAUGUACGUCUGUGCGUAAGAUUUUCGCCGAAAACCAACUUCCACAAUUAUUGGUUUUUGUUUGUAAUAACGCGCUUCAUAUGUGGAAUUUGUGAAAAAUACUUGACCAAAACAAGUAACAUUGCAAACAAGUAAACGUUAGCAUAAGUUUGCAGCUAAACGUUGCAUUCAACUGUCAAAGUUUGCCACGAAAUUGUACUUUGCAAGUGUAUUGGUGGCAUUGGUAUUGGUGAGCGUGUCUUUGUGGCAUGGUGAUAAUUUGUAAUUUUAUGUAAACCGUACAUAAAACUGUGUCACAUUGUCUAACUAACAAUAUAAAUAGUCGCAUCACAAUGAGUGCAACGCCACCAGAGUUGCUGCAACUAUCGGUGCCCGAUGGGGCAGGCAGAGAGAAAGAAGCCAACGGCGGCAACGACAACGAUUAUCGAAGUCGUGGCGCCGACAAGGAACGUUCCCGUUCCAGGGAUCGAGGCAGGGACAAGGACAAGGAUAGGGAACGCGAGAAGAAGCGCAGAGAUCGUGAUCGUGGCAGCAAGGAUCGCGAGAGUCGUCGCCGCGACAGUCGCGAGCGUGACAGGGAUAGAGAUCGUGACCGCGACCGGGAGCGUGAACGGGAUCGGGAUUCCCGUUCGCAUCGCAGUCGCUCGCGCAACCACGAUGACCCGGACAGGCGUAAGAAACGCUCGCGCAGCAAGGAUCGGGAUCGCAGACGCGAUCGGGAUCGCGACUCGCGGUCCAGACGCAGUGGUUCGCGUGGCGGCGGAGGAGCUCGUGGGGAUGAUUACGAUCGCAGUAGUCGCAGGCGUCGCUCGAACAGUCGCAGCUAUGACAGGCGUCGCAAUGAACGCAGCAACGAAUCGCAUCGGAAUAGCCGCGAACGGAGCAGUCGGGAGCGCAGCAGUCGGGAACGCGCCUAUGUGAAUCCAUUUGACACGAGCAAUCGGAACUCUCUGCAUGAGCCGGAGUCACGCAUACCGUCGCUUUUUGAGCGUCACCAUCAGCAGCCGCAGCUGGAGUCCAUUCGGGAGGAGAAUAAUUCACGUUUUGAUCUCUCACAGACCAUACAGGAUCUGAUGAGCAAUGUGGGCGGCAACAAGAGUUUUGCAGCACUAUUCAGCAGUCAGAACAGCAAUGAUUCAAUAAGCAAUGGUUUUUACGAGAACUCAAUGGAUGCGGCUGAGCGCAAGCGAAAGCGAAAGUCUCGUUGGGGCGGCACCGAAAAGGACAAGACAUUUAUACCGGGCAUGCCGACAAUUUUACCGUCAACACUGGAUCCGGCCCAGCAGGAGGCCUACUUAGUUCAAUUUCAAAUCGAGGAGAUUAGCCGCAAGCUGCGCACAGGCGAUUUGGGCAUCACGCAGACACCGGAAGAAAGAUCACCCUCACCGGAGCCCAUUUACAGUUCUGAUGGCAAGCGUUUGAAUACGCGCGAGUUUCGCUAUCGCAAGCGCCUGGAGGAGCAGCGUCAUCAGCUGAUUGUCAAGAUGCAAGCUGUUAAUCCUGAAUUCAAGCCUCCAGCUGAUUAUAAGCCUCCGGUUACGCGCGUCAGCGACAAGGUGCUGAUUCCGCAGGAGCAACAUCCAGACAUUAACUUUGUCGGCCUGCUGAUUGGACCACGUGGCAAUACGCUGAAGGCCAUGGAGAAAGACACCGGGGCCAAGAUCAUUAUUCGCGGCAAGGGAUCGGUGAAGGAGGGCAAAGUCGGCCGCAAAGAUGGUCAGCCGUUGCCUGGUGAAGAUGAGCCGCUGCACGCGUUCAUCACAGCUCCCAAUCCCGAGGCGGUUCGCAAGGCCGUCGACAAGAUCAAGGACGUCAUUCGGCAGGGCAUUGAGGUGCCCGAGGGCCACAACGAUCUGCGGCGCAUGCAGCUCCGCGAACUUGCUCAGCUCAAUGGCACGUUGCGCGAGAAUGACAUUCAGCGCUGCACCUGCGGCUCAACGGACCACAAGUCCUGGCAGUGUCCCGAUAAGCCGAUCAUCACCAACACCAUUGUGUGCACCUCAUGCGGCGGCACUGGUCACUUGACCAAGGAUUGUCGAAACAAGCGUCCGGGCUCCGGUGCACCGGGCAUGGCCUGUGAGGAUUCCCAGAACAAGAUCGAUGAGGAGUACAUGAGUUUGAUGGCAGAGCUGGGUGAGGGCCCCCCGCCGUCAGCCUCCAAGCCCGAGGCACCAGUUGCCCCACAGCUGCAUCGCGCCACCUACAGCAUCUUCGAUAAGAAGCCAUCCCAGAUGCAGGCCAUACAAUCGCCGACAAGCGCCUCGCCGCGGGAUCAUCAGCGUGAGAUGGGCGGUAGUAGUAAUGGUGGUGGUAAUAGUGGUGGUGGCGGCGGCGUUGGUGGCGGUGGCUGGGGAGGACCACCGCAUGAGCAUCAAAUGGGCAUGGAUCACGGCAUGGGCAUGGAUCAUGGCAUGGGCAUGUCGCCAUAUGUCCCAGCACCGUCAGUGACGCAGGCACCGCCACCGAUGCCGCCACCAUUGAUGCCCUGGAUGAGUGCACCGCAGCCGCCACCGCCGGCCGCCGAGUCCAUGAAUCCGCCCAUACCGGGUACAUUGCCGCCGCUAAUACCGCCGCCGCCUGGUACCAGUGCACCACCAAUGCCACCGUGGGCCAGUGGCUAUCCAGGCUGGGGCACAGGCUAUGCACCGCCGCCACCACCGCCGUGUGCGCCACCACCUUCACUGGGCUUGUCACAGCCGCCACCGCCUCCGCCGCCAUCCAAUUGAUCUUUACUGCAUGGUCCACACAAUACUUACUUUUAGUCUCUGACACUUCUAUAAUCCUAAAAUCCAAAACCUCAAUUAACCAUGUAACUACGUAAUUUGUAUUUUAUGCUUUAAAGGAUUGACAAAAUAA